AGGUUGUCGUGAGUGACCAUCACCGUCAUGUCGUGGUGGGUGUGGUGCGCCGCCGCCGCGCUCUGCGCCUGCGCGGUCGCUGAAGAAAAGCGCGCUGAAAUGUCCCCCCUCCCGUUCGUGCUGGGGUCCCGCUACGGGCGCUCCCCGGGCGCGGGCGCGGGCGCGGCCGGCGCGCAGAGACUCCUCGCCCCGAGAAAUGAUAGGUUCUUCAUGGGCAGCCGCUACGGCAAGCGCUCGGAGCCGGACGCCGUAGGGCCGGGCACGACACACGUGCGUCCGCUGCUCUGCGAGUACACGGGGGUGUCGCAGCUGUACCGCUGCGAACGAGCAUCCCCUCUUGUUGAUACGAGAAGCUCUGACGAGGGUGUAGAAGACUAAUACCCCCGCCGACCCCGCUCCCCGCACCCCCCGCGACCAUUCGGCUGUCUGACUCUUACACGUCACAACUAAUCAGCGGACUCCCUCACACAACUCAACGUAUCAUGUCGCACUUGAGCCCUCAGAUCUUCAUACACUGUGGACGGUUCUGUAGGCGCAAUGUUACUAAGGGCAUGUCAACUACUCAAUAUUUACCUUACGAGGUUGUCAAUUAAUCUAACCCAGGAGUCUCCAAAAUCUUGCCCGUAAAAAAUACUAAAUUCCAAAAAAUCAGGAUCACAAAAAUGCCACC